AUGCCUCUCUGCUUUCUGCCUUGGCUAGUGGGGGCUAGUUGCGACUUCAAAACGAUUGUGGUCCCCAGCACGAUUUUUGGGCUGUUCAACUCCCUCGCGACGACAGCAUAUACUCUGGAGGAUACGACCCCCAUCACAUUUGUCUUGCUCUUCCAGCGGCUGUGCUCGAUUCUGCUCUGGGUGUUGCUGGUCUUUAUCCCCUUUUCAAUCAACAACCAACGGACCCCUUCCGCCAUUGCGGAGGACACUGUCAAUAAGCCAUGGAGACCCAUGCCUCAGAAACGCAUUUCGCCUCCCCAAGCGCGGCUUUUGAUGUGCUUCUUCGCCCUGCUGGUCCAGUUGCACGGCCUUUUUUACCACCGCGUCGGGCAUCGGCAGUCCACCUUCCUCCUGGCCCUCGACAUCUGGUACAAUACCCUGGGCGGGGCGGACAAGAGCCCUGUGGUCCGCAACGCCAUCAACGCCGGAGGGUACGUGUGCUUCCUGUCCGGCGCCCUGGAAGUUGCCCUGGGACAGCAACUUCCCUUGCUCGUCCAUAACCCCCUGCGCCGCACGGCGCUCGAAUCCCCACUAGAUCAAUGGCUGCUUAUGAUCGCGGGAGUCGUGUUCAGCACCGUGCACCUGCAAGACCUGUACGACCAGCAAGGCGACCAAGUCCGCGGCCGCCGUACCCUGCCGCUAGUGAUUGGCGACGCGCCUGCGCGGUGGACAGUCGCCCUCGCAAUGCUGUGCUGGGGGAUUGCCUGUCCGGCCUAUUGGAGGUUGCGCAGUGAGCUGUUCGCUCCCAGCCUGGGUCUGGCGUAUCUGGUCGCCUGGCGAGUCCUGACGGUGCGCACCGAGGCAGACGACCGCACCACAUUUCUGCUUUGGAAUUGCUGGGUGUCGACAAUAUACAUCAUGCCACUGAUGGCGCAGUGGAGCCGUUGA